AUAAAAUUUCAUUAGAUCACCUCAAUACAUUAUUUGUUCAGCACCAUGUAGACUGUUCUACUGCUAUGGAAUUUGUUUGAAAUUAAAAUAAAAUUUCUCUCAUAAAACACCGCUAUUUUUAAAUUUGAAGGUUAAUAUUUCGGAAAAAAACCAAUCUAUAUUGAUCCAACAUUUUUUAAUAUGAUUGAUUCUUCUUAUAAAAAUAUUAAUAUUUCGAUACAUCUAUUAUACGUAUUUGUAGUCUUUGAAAGAUUGAUCAAAAAGGAAAUCUGGAACUAUAACAACAAAAUAAUUGAAAUAUAAUUUUGAAAAAUAAUAUCGAUAUAGACAUAAUUUUUUUUCGAUAUAUAGGUGUUUAUUUAACUUUUCGGCUGUAAUUUAAGUAUUAGGACCCCACCCAUUUGUAUCUUAACGUUUAUGUGGUGCAAAUCGGUUGUUAAUACGAAAAUGAGGAACUUAGCCUUGCUAUCUAAUUCUACUUUACAUGGAUCAGAAUAUUUUGAAUGGGCUGCGGAAUAUAUUGAACCAUUCCUGAAAAAGUUUUCAGUGUCUAAAGUUCUCUUCAUACCCUAUGCCUCCAAGCAUCAUGAUGAAUACACUAGUAAAGUGAAGAAUGCAUUUAACAAGAUGGGUGUCAAUCUUAGUGGAAUUCACACUUCCAAAGACCCAGUCGCUGCAGUUGGUGCUUGCCAAGCUAUUUUUAUAGGAGGAGGAAAUACUUUUCGCCUCUUAAAGGCACUUUAUGAUUUCAACUUGAUAGAAGCAAUAAAAAAUCGAGUUCUGUUGGUCAGUUAAAUGAUAGCAGUGUUCCUAUAUUUUAAUAAUGUUUCAGUCUGUGUCAAUAUUGUAAAUCUGUUAUCAGGAUGGAAUCCCAUACAUUGGUGCAAGUGCAGGUACUAAUGUUGCUACUGUUAACAUCUGCACAACCAAUGAUAUGCCAAUAGUUUUUCCUCCUUCUUUCGAUGCCCUUGGUUUAGUCCCAUUCAAUAUCAAUCCUCAUUAUCUUGAGCACGAGGCGAACUCGAAACAUAUGGGUGAAACGAGAGAUCAAAGAAUUAAAGAGUAUCAUGAAAUUUCUGGAACACCUGUAGUUGGCCUGAAAGAAGGAAGUCUUUUAUUUGUUGACGAUGAUUCCGUAAUAUUAGAGGGACUGACCAGUGCAAAAUUAUUCAUGCCAAAUGCAGAACCCAAGGAAUAUCUCAUAGGUUCAGAUUUAAGUUUCCUUCUAAAAUGAAAACACAAUUCUAAUAUAGAAGACAAACAUCAUUCCUUAUGUAGUAUCAGAGAUAUUUUUUAUGUACAGUAUGUUAUUUUUUUAUGACAAAUAUAAAUAUUUUGAACAAUGAUUGUAAGUAUGUUCUCCCCUUUUAAUAUAGUUGCAGGAAGUGUGUAACAACUACUUAUCAUUAUAGUUGUAGAUUACACAAAGCCACAUUACUGGCUCACUGAUUGUUAGUAUUUAUUUUGAUAUCAAAAGGAUGUCCAUUCCUGCAUUCACAGUGAUAAAAACUUCCCUUAUUCUGAUAUCAUAUUAAAAUGUCAGUGAAGCUAUUAGUAACGUUCUUAUUAUCAGUUAAGUUUUCAUUAGGUGCUUUGGAAGAUCCAGAUGCAAACUGUCAAAAUGUGUAUACCUAUGGCUAUGGAUACCGCAAAUUUUAUAAUCUUCCUCAGUCAUCAUUCCAAAAUGGAAAGAUAGUGUUUAAUUUCUCUCUAGCUGCCGUGAGCAAUGGUCAUGUAUUAUUUUCUGAACAAACCAACGUCUAUUUUGCUUAUGAAGUAGUGCUUGGGGCUGGUGGUAAUGAGUUUUCUGAAAUCAGGAAAUAUAAUCGUCACAAAAUGGAACCUAAAACUCAUUUAUUGACAAAAAACAUACUUUCUCAAAUGCAGCCAAAAAAUUUCUCAGUAGCCAUUAAAGAUUCUAUUGUUUCUGUAUAUUAUAUGAACAACAAUAAGUGGUAUCUUCUCAUGGCCUGGGAAGAUAGCUCACCAUUAUUUGUAAAAUAUAUUUCAUUUAGUUCCUGGACAUCAGUCUCUGGCAAAUGGCUUUUUGAUUGUAAAGGUGCUACUGCUGUUCCCGAACAGAUUACUCCUCUGAAGAAGUUGAGGAAACAACUUCUGGCUAGUUAUGACCCUUAUGCAGUUCCAGCGAGUGACAUUGACAAAAUGACUAUUGACACUUCAAUUGAGCUACAAUACAUAUCUUUGGAUGCCAAGAAAUCAAUCUUGACAACUCAUGGAAAAUUUUAUUUUACUUGGUUUGAUCCCAAGCUGCAAUGGAAUCCGAUGGAUUUUGGGAAUUUAUCAAGUAUUACUUUGUUGCAUCGUGAAAUUUGGUUACCUGAUUUCAUAUUAUACAACUCCGAAGAUGAUGGUUCUUCACCGAUGGAAAGAGCUGUGAUUAGGAUUUAUAAUAAUGGGACUGUGAGUUGGUCUCCAGAAGCGAAACUUACAACUUGGUGUGGUCUGGAUCUGAAAAAUUGGCCAUUUGAUGACCACACUUGUAAUGUUAGUCUUGGGCUGCAUUCUCAUCCGGAUCAUGUCAGCGUUUCUCUUUCCUCAAAAAAUGUGAAGCCUGAACUAAUACUGAAGGACUUAGAAUGGAAAAUAGUUUCACUGAUUGGCGAGACAUCAACAAUUGUCAAUCCUUGGAAUUACGAUGAAUCAAGUGAAGUUCCAAAAGCAUUCACUAUAACUGUCAGGCUUAAAAGACAGGUUGAGAUGCACCUUUAUGCCUUUGUUCUGAAAGCGGAGCUUUCAAGGAAGCAAGAAGAGGUUAAGAAUAUAAAAGGCACAAAUUCUUAUGUCAAAUUACCUCCAAAACCCAAAGUACCUGUUAAGAAGAACAUCGGUGUUGAAGACAGGGAUAAGAGGGAUGCAGAACUUGAUGUUGAAGAAAUUGAUCUUUUGAAGAAGUCAAAAGAAGUUCUCGCUGUGAAGUCAAAGCUUUAUGAUGAACUACAGAAGGGUAACAUUGUACCAGAUGAAAAGCAGCAAGUUUAUCUGGUGGAUUUUAAAAAUAAAGAGACUCCCGAUUUACCAAGUUGUAGCGGUGAUUUUGAAUCGACUCAGGUCUCUGAGCAUGAUAAUGAUUAUGAAGCUGAUGAUUAUUCUGAGGAUAUUGAUGAUAAUGAAUGGGUUGAGUACACUGACUGUUUAGGGCGUACUCGUAAAUGCCAUAAAUCAGAUUUGGCUGCAAUGAAAGAUAUUGAUCGAAAAAUGACCCAAGAUGUGAAGGAUAGAAAUCCAACUGUUAUUGCUGAAGAAACUAUAAAAGAUAGGCCUCCUGAGCUUCUAUCAUCUGACAUGGAAAGGGAAAUGUUUCGUAAAAAAUGGGAAGAGCAAGAAAAAGAGCUUCUUAAGAAGGCAGAUAUCCACUACGAGGACGUAUUAUUCGAUGAAAAUUUUGACAUCAAUGAUGCUCAACAGUCUGGUCGCCCACAUGAAAUUGAAACGAGCAAUAUUAAGGCCACUGUUGAUCAAAAUCUCACCCAAUCAAUGCGA